AUGAUAUCAAUAACGGUUUUUGUUGCAGGGCUUACAGAAGAGGAACAACAAUUUCUUACAAAACGUUUAGAAGAGGACGCUGCUGUGAGCAGUGGAGAAGAUGUAGACAAUGAUAAAAAUCAACAGUUCUCGUACGCACAAUUUAAAUCUGUUUUCCAUGAUUAUAAAACGUAUCUCCACAUGUUAGAAUAUAUCGGUCAUACAACACCAUUCUACAGUUUGAGUCUGUUUCUGCCGACAAUUAUCGGUGGAAUGGGUUUCACCAGUUCUUCGCCGUCAGCGGUAGCUUGGAUAACAAAUAAUUUUCAGGGUUACACAAGACGUGCUGUUGCUACAGCUCUAAUCAUUUCCUUUGGCAAUAUUGGUGGCCUGAUCGCUGGACAAAUCUAUCGAAACGAUGAUGCUCCAAAAUAUAUUCGAGGUCAUUCAAUUGUGUUAGUUUUUACGUGUACGAACAUACUUGCUUCGUUAGUGUUAAAGUUUCUCUUAAAACGAGAAAAUCGAAGAAGAGAUAAUCUGUCAGAAGAAGAUUAUCAACGGGAAUGUUCAGAGAAAAAGAAAGAUUGGCAUCCAGAUUUUCGAAUCACCACAUUAAAAAUAUCAGGCCGGGCUUUAACACUACCGAGAUCGGUUGCAAUGAGAAAAGGACUUGCUAAACCAGAACCUGUAUUACCGCUACCACCAGCAUUCAUGAGACGGUCAUUUUUAUCAGGAACAAUAAAGCCGAUGAAUCGUCGGGUUUUUCGUGAAUUUACAGUCUCUGCUGCUGCUAGUUGUACGAGUUCUGUGCUACUGAAUGACAAUCCAGCAUUGACAAACACACGGUUGUGA